AUGCUACCACAUAGAAAGUCCGACCAGGCGUUCCUCUCGGUGCCGGUGUCUAGAGUGGCUUCUUCACAGAGACUAAACCAAUUGUCUUCGCCGCAAGCUUCUGGAAUUGGGUCUCCCAAUGCUUAUGCCAGCAUACCAACAACUCCAGUUCCAUAUGUUUCGUCUUCUCUCAACCCGACUAGAAACCAGCCGGUGAUAUCUGGCAGCGCAUCCACUUCCAGCAAUAACAAAAACACAUUCCAAACCGCUGAGGAGGCCAAGAGGUUCGAAAAACUACCCAUUGUUGAGAAGCUUGGGAGCUUUGAGCGUGCCUUGACGUUGUUAUCCCAAGAUAUCACUUCCUACAGAGAGAACGACGACAGAAUUCAGUCUACAGUGAAGGAAUUAAUAGACUUGAACGAUUCCAUUUAUUCCGAUAUACUGCAGUUGGAUGUCCACCAAAAACUCGGAGGCCAGAUUAAGGUGCUAGAGGAAGAAAAGAAGCGACUAGACACAACCUCCAGAGAUACAUUGAAGCAGUUGAUAGAGUAUCGAAAUGAAUUGAAAAAGUUACCUCUACUCCCCACCAACAAAAGACUGAAGAGAGCUGGUACAGACAAUAAAGAUGCCCAGUUGGUCGAUAUUAAAGAGAUUUUGAAGUACGCCAUGAAGCUUUCCAAAUUUACAAAGAUCCCACCCAGCGCAGUGGACCUACCACAGCAAGCGCACCCUAACAACUACAUAUGGCCAGCAGAAGAUGCACUCAGAAGGGGGAUGUUAGCGAUAAGUUCACUCAGACCAGAUGAGUUGAUUCUGGCAGAGCUAGGCGAGGAAGAGAAGGCUUCUACAGAAACAACCAACGAGCCUGCUGCGAUGGAAGACGUUGAAAACGUGCACUCGAAGGCCGCUCGUAGUCCCCAUCAGCAUCGUGCAAGCCAUCAUAGCGCUCCAGUUGCGAAGGAAGAACCUAAGGACUUGGAUGUGGACUUAUUUGACCCCGACGAUGAUUUCUCUGACUGA